GAUCAAACGCGCUUUGCGGCGGACCGGGCGGUCGCAGCCUCGCGCCUCCCAUCUCUCUGGAUAUUUACGGGAUUUCUACUGUUCGGUUACGUUCGGUUUUCUGGUCAGGCUUCACAUCAAGAGCCACAUUUCGCUCCGUUAUUCCAUAUUCCAUCCGGACCGGAAGAAAGACGCGGCAUCGUCGGAUUACAUUCCCGUUACUGCACAGCGAUCCGACUCUCUCCGCUUCUCUGUGCGAAACAUUCCGGGAAUCCAGACCACCUCUGUGCACACAUCGCAGAUUUCUUUCCUUCUUUCUUUCUUUCUAUCCAUCUUUCUUUAUUUUUGGACAGGGACGACCACGUUUAGUUGAUAAACAGAGCAAGAGAGAGAAAGAGAGAAAAGAUAACGAGGAAUAGAUCACUUUGUGCAUCACGCCAUGCGUUUAAAAUCCGAUCCUGAACCGGAUCCUGACCCGGUUUUCACUCAUUAACGCCGGGAUUAAUAGCGUGGAUAAAAGCGGGAAACGUCAUGCAACGUCAUGUUGCCGUUUUGGGCAUUUAUCCAACUGUCACUGAUAUGAUGAUUGGGUGAUCGAGCUGUCGGAGACAAACUUAACGGUCCGGCUGUGGUCACGCUUUAGCGGAUUUAAACCGCCACGCUCGAGCACACUCCGGGUCAUGUCGUGCUUCUGCACCGCACCAAACAAUAUUCAGUUGUAGUUACUACUCUCUGCACUCCGGAUUGUCUGUUCUUACGGAAAGUUAGCGGAACCGAAAUCCAUCCGGAGCGCGAUGACGCGCGUGCAGAGACACGGAGAGGGAGGGAGAGCGCGCGAUGAGGCUCGCGCACUCUGAUAAAGCCACUACCCCAAACUUUGUCAUUCAUUCACGCAGCCGGUGUCUCUUAAAGCCGGUUGGCAGAGAGCAUACUCACUCUGUCGGCGGUGUAAAUGGCGUUCCGGAAGUUACCCGGUGUGCCCGUGUCAGCCAUGGGCCUCCGCUUGUCCCAGAAAUUCGCCUUUCUGCUUUUUCUCUCCGGUUUGGUCACGCUGUGCCUCGGGGCUCUGUUUUUCCUUCCCGACUCCGUUCGCCUCAAGCGCUUUUUCCUGCCCAAGACCGAGAGCGCGAGCGCGAACACGGCGGCGACCCAGAGCGGCGCGAUCGUCGAGCUCGCGGAGAAGGCGCGCGCUGACCGGGAGCGCCAGGAGCGCGAGCGCAGCGCCCCGUUUAAGCCCGAGCCGAACGGCAAGCUCAGAGUGAGCCGAAAGCCGUCCGUGACGCGCGGCGAUGCCACCGGCGGCACCGUGGAGAGACCCCUGGGAGCGCGCGAGGAGCGCAGGGCGAGAACGCAGCGCGGGGACGCGACCGAAGGCACCACAGCUGGACGCGCCAAAGGCUACGCUUAUGACACGUUCCGAAAGUGUUUGCUCAAACCUGCGCUGGGGAAUGACCGAGGAAGACCGUCAGACCAACAAACUGUACAGAGGAGGGAUAAAGUCAGAGAGAUGAUGAAGUUCGCCUGGGACAGCUACAGACGUUACGCAUGGGGCCAGAACGAGCUCAGGCCGCUCACCAAGAACGGCCACAUCGGCAACAUGUUCGGGGGUCUGCGAGGGGCCACCAUUGUGGAUUCUCUGGAUACACUGUACAUCAUGGGUCUAACGGAGGAUUAUAAAGAGGCUAAAGAGUGGAUACGCACCAGCCUGGACCUGGAUUUGAGUGGAGAGGCUUCUGUCUUCGAGGUGAAUAUCCGGUACGUUGGAGGCCUGCUGUCUGCAUAUUACCUGACCGGAGAAGAGGUGUUUAAGCAGAAGGUGCUGGAGCUCGGUGAGAAGCUGCUGCCGGCAUUCAACACUCCGACUGGCAUCCCACGAGGAGUCAUUAACCUGGGCAGUGGCACCAGUUGGAACUGGGGAUGGGCGUCAGCCGGGAGCAGCAUCCUGGCUGAAUUUGGGACUCUGCACCUGGAAUUCAUGCACCUGACGGAACUUUCCGGAAAUCCCAUUUUCACAGAGAAGGUGAUGAACAUCCGAAAGCUGCUGGACAGGAUCGAGAAGCCACAGGGCCUGUACCCCAAUUUCCUUAGCCCUGUCAGCGGGAACUGGGUCCAACAUCACGUUUCUCUCGGAGGCCUGGGAGACAGCUUCUACGAGUACCUGAUCAAAUCAUACCUGAUGUCAGACAAGACGGAUGAGGAAGCUAAGCGCAUGUACUACAGCGCUCUAGAGGCAAUAGAGACCAACUUGGUGCAGAAAUCUUCAGGAGGUCUUACAUACGUGGCUGAAUGGAGAGGCGGAAUUCUCGACCAUAAGAUGGGGCAUCUGGCUUGUUUCGCCGGUGGGAUGGUGGGCAUCGGGGCAGACGAUGGCAUUCCAGAAAAGAGGCAGCACUACCUAGACCUGGCAGCCGAGAUCACAAACACGUGCCAUGAGUCUUACAGUCGCUCAGCCACGAAGCUCGGCCCCGAGGCGUUCCGCUUCGACGGAGGUGAAGAGGCGACGGCCACCAGACUGAGCGAUCGCUACUACAUCCUGAGGCCAGAGGUCAUCGAGAGCUACAUGUACAUGUGGCGUCUGACUCAUGAUCCCAAGUACAGGGAGUGGGGCUGGCAGGCAGUGGAGGCGUUGGAGAAAUUCUGCCGAGUCGAAGGAGGAUUUUCGGGGAUCAGAGACGUCUACGCUAGUACGGUCAGCCAUGACAACAUGCAGCAGAGCUUCUUCCUGUCUGAAACGCUGAAAUAUCUGUACCUGCUUUUCUCCGACGAUGACCUGCUGCCUCUGGAUGACUGGGUUUUCAACACCGAGGCUCAUCCUUUACCCAUCGUCCGCAAGAGCUGCUUAGAAGAGCGCCACAGUGGCACCACACGAGACACGCAACACACACAUCUAAUGUAACCUGCAAUGACACACCCUGAUACACACAUGCACAGCGAGGCAGGGCCUGGGGUUUCAGCGUCUCUGCCCGCAGCUCUCUCGGCUCCUUCUCCUGUAAAGGAUCUGGCGCUGCACGCUGUGAUUGUAACAUCUGAGCCGGGACAUUCUCUGUGGACAAUCAAAAUGAAAAUUACUUUUGUGACAAGAGCACCUUUGUUCCCUUCUUUCUUUCCUCUGUGAGGAAAAUGGAAUAUUCUUCAAGCCCAGAUUGGCGGGGUGGGCACCGCCUCAUCGCGGGCUACUUUGCGAGAAAGAGAAAAUCGCUUCACUCUUCUUCAGCACUCUGUUAAUUCUGUCCAUCUUUUUACUCUUUUUUACAAGCUAGUAACAGGCAAUUUGUGGAUGAUUUGUUUUUAUUAAAUGACUCUUUCAAGUGAUUUGCAAGCUCAAAAAAAAAAUAUGAAAGCAACAAAAUUUCAGCAGAGUGAACUUAUAUUCUUUUUUUUCUUCCAAAAAUCAGUACAUAACCCUGCUACCAUUAACCAGUUUGCCUUCCUGUUGUCUUACCUGAUUUAUGUCAUAACCGUAUCUGCAUCCUUAUCUUCCUUCUGUUACCAGAUCUGCACCCCCAGUCAUCUGCAUUCUUGGUGUCCUUGCCUGAUCUGCAGUCAUAACCUGAUCGGACCCUUGAAUCUCUGUCCUGUCAGUGUUGUUCCCUUGUGUUUUAACCCAAUAUGGAUUACUUGUGUCUUUACCCAAUCUGUGUCCCCCAUGCUCUAAGUCUGUGUCAUAACUCAUAAUAUUUUUUACUGCACAUCAUCACCCAAUCAGCAUCUCCUGUGUCAUUAGCCAAUUUGGCUGUGACCCAAUCUGCAUCCUGCUUCACUACCCAAUCUGUAUCUACUGUGUUGAAACCCAAUCUGCAACACCUGUGUUGUCACUCAACCAACCCAAGUCUCUUUUGCUGUGUUUGUUACAUGAUCCACAGUCCUUGUGUCAUUAAUCAAGCUAUGUCCCCUGUAUCAGUAGCCAGUCAGUGUCCAUGGAGAUGUUAUUAUAUCUUUUGUAAGCCAGUCUGCACUUCUCGUUUUAUUACCUGAUUGCACUCUGUCCAGAUCUGAGUGCCCUAUGUUAGAACCCCUCUGCGUCCCAGUGUAAUUACCCAAUCUUCAUCCGUGUUAUAGCCCAAUCUGGAUCUCAGUGUAAUUACCCAAUCUGUAUCCCAGUGUCAUUAGUCAAUUUUCACCCAUGUCAUUACCCAGUCUGCAUCCAAGUGCUAUUAAGUAAUCUGCAUCCCAUUGUCAUUACCCAAAUCUGCAUCCCAGUGUCAUUACCCAAAUCUGCAUCCCAGUGUCAUUACCCAAAACUGCAUCACAAUGUCAUAACCCAGUCUGCAUCCCAGUGUCAUUACCCAAUCUGCGUCACCCUCGUGAUUUCCCAAUCUGUGUCCUCUAUGUCGCUAUUUAAGACUUUCACUAGUUUUCACAUAGAUUUCAUUCAUCAAACAAAGCAAAAAAAAAUCUAAUAUCGAUUCACAAAAACGGUUCAUUCCCAUGGUGCGUGACUAAAACGUCCAUCAUUCCAACGUACAGAAUAUUUGUCCAAAACUUUUCAGGCAUCGAUAUUCCGAUUUUGCUUUGCUUACUUGUUUUGGUGUUUUGUUUGCUUUUCACAAAAUAACUAAAUAAAUAAAUAAACCUAGGUGUCUGAAAUCUUGCGAGGGGGUGGGGGGGGCGAAAUAAGUACAGAAACUCAAAGGUGGAUUUGAAAUAUUGUUUUGUACGAUAUUUCCUUUGAACAGUAUCAGAAGCAGAGUGCAUAUGAGAGUAGAGAACCAAGAGAGCAUUGUGUCAUGCUUCAAAGAGAGGCAUGGUCAAGUUCAAAAACAGAUAUAUAGGGGAAUACACACACACACACAUAUAUAUAUAUAUAUAUAUAUAUAUAUAUAUAUAU